CAGCGCGGUGCCCGCAGUCCGCUCCGCAGCCCCCGCGGUUCCGGAGCCUCCGCGGCCGGGACGCUCGGGCCCACUCGAGUCGAACCGGGUUCAAUCGAAGCGAACCGGACGGUUCUCGCUUGCCCGCCGUGCUCCGCCUCGCCCGGUACCGCGGGCGGCCGCGGCCCGCGCCCCCGCCGCAGCUGCCGCCGCCUCCUCAGGAUGUCGGUGCCGGAACCCUCCGGUGGCGAGGAGGUGAAGCAGGCCAAGGAGGUGGAGGACGCCGAGAAGUAUUCCUUCAUGGCCACCGUCACCAAGGCCCCCAAGAAGCAAAUCCAGUUUGCAGAUGACAUGCUGGAGUUCACCAAGUUCCCCACCAAGACGGGACGCCGCUCCCUGUCCCGCUCCAUCUCCCAGUCUUCCACUGACAGCUACAGCUCUGCUGCCUCCUACACAGACAGCUCUGAUGAUGAGGUGUCCCCCCGAGAGAAACAGCAAACCAACUCCAAAGGCAGCAGCAAUUUCUGUGUGAAGAACAUCAAGCAGGCAGAGUUUGGACGCCGGGAGAUCGAGAUUGCUGAGCAAGACAUGUCUGCUCUGAUUUCACUCAGGAAACGAGCUCAAGGGGAGAAGCCUUUGGCUGGAGCUAAAAUUGUGGGCUGUACCCACAUUACAGCACAGACUGCGGUGCUGAUCGAGACGCUGUGUGCGCUGGGAGCACAGUGCCGUUGGUCUGCCUGCAACAUCUAUUCCACCCAGAACGAGGUGGCAGCUGCCUUGGCAGAAGCUGGUGUUGCUGUGUUUGCCUGGAAGGGGGAGUCAGAGGACGACUUCUGGUGGUGCAUUGACCGCUGUGUAAACGUAGAUGGCUGGCAGGCCAACAUGAUCCUGGAUGAUGGUGGGGACCUCACCCACUGGGUUUAUAAGAAAUAUCCCAAUGUAUUCAAGAAGAUCCGAGGGAUUGUGGAGGAGAGUGUGACUGGUGUGCACAGGUAGGAGGCUGUACAGCUCUCCAAGGCAGGGAAGCUCUGUGUCCCAGCCAUGAACGUCAACGACUCCGUCAAACAGAAAUUUGAUAAUUUGUAUUGCUGCCGGGAGUCCAUCCUGGAUGGCCUGAAGAGGACCACGGAUGUGAUGUUUGGAGGGAAGCAAGUGGUGGUUUGUGGUUAUGGGGAGGUUGGCAAGGGGUGCUGUGCUGCUCUGAAGGCCCUGGGAGCCAUUGUCUAUGUCACAGAGAUCGACCCCAUCUGUGCUCUCCAAGCCUGCAUGGAUGGCUUUCGGGUGGUGAAGCUGAGUGAGGUGAUCCGUCAGGUGGAUGUUGUCAUCACCUGUACAGGAAACAAGAACGUGGUGACCAGAGAACAUCUGGAUAGGAUGAAGAACAGCUGCAUCGUGUGCAACAUGGGCCACUCCAACACUGAGAUUGAUGUGACCAGCCUCCGGACCCCCGAGCUGACCUGGGAGCGAGUCCGCUCCCAAGUGGACCAUGUCAUCUGGCCAGAUGGAAAAAGGGUGGUGCUGCUGGCUGAGGGCCGACUUCUCAACCUGAGCUGCUCCACAGUUCCCACCUUUGUCCUCUCCAUCACAGCCACCACUCAGGCUCUGGCUCUGAUUGAGCUCUACAACGCUCCCGAGGGCCGUUACAAGCAGGACGUGUACCUACUGCCCAAGAAGAUGGAUGAGUACGUUGCCAGUUUGCAUUGCCCUCGUUUGACGCCUCACCUGACGGAGCUGUCCGGACGAUCAGGCCAGUACCUGGGACUCAACAAAAAUGGACCUUUCAAACCCAAUUACUACAGGGUUCGAGGCUCCCGGACCCCUCAGCCCGGGCUCUGCCCCUUCCUGCCUCUCCCAACAUGGCGGCCUCCAGCGGCGGGAGGGCGGAAGUGCCGCUCCCACAUGGCCGCCCCCACCUCUUCGCACGCCUAA